AUGUCCAAGGAUGACCGGAGCAACAGCAGCAUCGCUGGGGCGGCGACCGUCCGCACCCGGUGGGCCCCGAAGCCGGAGCAGAUCCUCAUCCUGGAGUCCAUUUUCAACAGCGGGAUGGUGAACCCGCCCAAGGACGAGACCGUCCGCAUCCGCAAGCUCCUCGAGAAGUUCGGCGCCGUCGGCGACGCCAACGUCUUCUACUGGUUCCAGAACCGCCGCUCCCGCUCCCGCAUCCGCCGCCGCCAGCGAGAGCUCCAGGCCGCCUCCGCCGCCUCUUCACCCUCCGCAUCCCCAUCAUCGGUCGCCAGCUGUUUCCUGCACCUCGACAUCAACAACCGAUGCUCCUCUUCUUCUUCUUCCGUCUCAUCUCCCGCCUCCUCCUCCUCCUCCGGGCUCGCUGCGGAAUUAGAAGGCGGCCCUGUCGGCGUCGGCUGCGGCGACGACGUCUUCCACGUCCCCCAGCAGACGGGCCCGAUCAAUCCUCUUUGGUGCUCCUCUUCCUCCGAUGCCAAUAACUACCACCAACCGGAGAGCAACCUAACGGUGUUCAUCAACGGGGUGCAAUGGGAGGUUCCAAGAGGGCCUUUGGACACGAGAGCCAUGUUUGGCCAAAAUCUGCUGUUGGUCCACUCCUCCGGCCAGCUGCUCCCCGUCGACGAGUGCGGAAUUCUCCUGCAGAGCUUGCAGAUGGGCGAAAGUUACUUCCUGGUAUCGCCUAAUUAA